GUUUGAAGUGUUUUUUUUAGGUUAACUGACCAAUCAAAACUCAGAAAAAUAGGGCGGUAUAUAAAUGACGUCACGUAUCUUGUAAAAACUACAAAGAUCUGUAAGGGAGUAUCUAUAACGUUAUUGGAAUCGAUUGUCUUGGUAAACGGUCAGGAAUGUCAGCUGGCAACGACAACGGAGCUCGACUCACCCAGUUCAAAAACAAAGGGAGAGAUGCCAAUGAGCUACGGCGCAGGAGAGCGGAAGUCAACGUGGAGCUACGAAAAGCAAAGAAGGAUGAUCAGAUCCUGAAGAGGAGAAACGUCGAGAGCCUUCUAGACGAGCCAACCUCUCCUCUCCAAGAGAAAGAUCCCAACGCACAGCCUCCUCAGCAAUGGUCUGUGGAGGAGAUUGUAGAAGGUGUUAACAGCCAGAAUCUAGAUCAUCAGCUGCAGGCCACUCAGGCAGCAAGGAGGCUCCUCUCCAGAGAAAAGCACCCACCUAUAGACAGCAUCAUUGCUGCCAGCCUCAUCCCCAGGUUUGUUAGUUUUCUGGCAUUGUCUGAAUGCCCCCCCAUCCAAUUUGAGGCAGCUUGGGCCCUGACUAACAUUGCCUCAGGUACCACAGACCAGACCACGGCCGUAGUGGAAGGAGGGGCCAUCCCAGCCUUUAUCAGCCUGGUGACAUCACCCCACCCACACAUCAGCGAGCAGGCCAUAUGGGCCCUGGGUAAUAUCGCAGGUGAUGGUUCUAACUACAGAGACCUAGUGAUCAAGCAUGGUGGUCUCCAGCCACUACUAGCCCUGCUGGCAGCCCCUGACCUGUCUGUGUUUCCUUCUGGCUACCUGCGCAAUGUCACCUGGACGCUGUCCAAUCUGUGUCGAAACAAGAACCCGGCCCCUCCUUUGACGGCGGUGCAGCAGCUGCUUCCUGCCCUGGUGCGUCUCCUGCACUGCGACGACAAGGAGAUUCUGGCCGACACCUGUUGGGCCGUGUCCUACUUGACCGACGGCUCCAAUGAGAGGAUCGAGGUGGUGGUGCAGGCUGGCCUGGUGCCCCGCCUAGUCCAGCUGCUAGCCUGUGGGGAGCUCUCCGUUGUGACUCCAGCUCUGCGGUCACUUGGCAACAUUGUGACUGGGACAGAUGAGCAGACACAGUGUGUGCUGAAUGCAGGUGCUCUGGCGAUGUUCCCCAGCCUGCUGCGCCACCCCAAGUCCAAUAUCCAGAAAGAGGCAGCCUGGACAGUGUCCAAUAUCACUGCCGGCAAGGACAGCCAGAUCCAGGAAGUUAUCAAUGCAGGCCUGAUGCCAAUGCUGGUGGAGAUCCUCCUACAGGGGGACUACAAAGCUCAGAAGGAGGCAGUGUGGGCUGUCACCAACUACACCAGUGGUGGAACGGUGGCGCAAGUGGCCUACCUGGUCCAAUGCAAUGUUCUGGCACCUCUGCUUAAUCUGCUGACAGCCAAAGAAAGCAAAAUCAUCUUGGUCAUCCUGGAUGCAAUCUACAAUAUUUUACAGAUGGCAUACAAAACUGGUGAAAUUGAGAAACUGUGCCUAAUGAUUGAGGAGUUGGGUGGUUUGGAUAAGAUUGAGGCUUUGCAGUCCCAUGACAACGAAGCUGUCUACAAGUCCUCUCUCAACAUCAUAGACAGAUUCUUCUCUGAAGAAAAUGAGGAUGAGUCUGUGGUUCCUGAAGCUACUGCAGACAGCUUUACUUUCCAGAUCCCUGAAGACAAAAGCACUUUCCAGUUUUAACAUGUCCAGCUUUUCUCUUUUGUAACAU